AUGGCGUCCACCAGCUUCCAGUCAACCGGACUGGCCUACAAAUCAAGGUCUGAACCUGGAAGUCAGGCCAUUCGCCUAGAGCAAAACGUCCCAGUGAGCAGGCCGGCAAAAGCGGAGCAACCAGCUGGGGUGCCAGGCACCAAGCCGCCUGACCAGCCGGUGUCCCCCGUAACCCCUGAGCCCACCUCCCGCUACACGACCGUGUCUCCAAAGUUGGAGAGAGGCAUCAAGAAGCGGGCCGAGGGCCGGGCCAGAGUCCCGCAGCUAUUCCGGGACAGCAUCAAGCGUUUCUUCUUCUCGCCGACCGGAAUGUUGAAGGUCCUGAGGAUGGGUCUCAUCAUAGGAGCUAUAUACUGUUUCAUCCGUGCCGAAGCCCCUGAGCCCUUUAUAGCCAUCACAGUUCUGGAACUCGCCAUUGUUAUUUUUUUUAUUCUAAUAUAUAUGGUGACCCUUCAGCACUUGGUGACUUGGUUAGAUUGGCCCUUACUUGACUUUAUGAACGACAUCAUUACCGCUGUGUUCCUUCUAAUAGUGGCCAUCCUGGCGAUGCAAGAAAAGAACAGAAGGAAGGUGUUUUACAUGGGAGGGGCCCUGUGUCUCGCAGCGUCCAUCGUGUGUAUCCUCGAUAUGGUUUUGGCCACCAGGAAAACGAGACAAAUCCUAAAAGUAGUUCUGAAAAUGAAGACGCCAGAAGCUCCCAGCUCCAAGACCGCGCAGUAG